UUCCCCAGCCAUGCAAGCCAAGGCUUUCUCCCAUCCCCUAGCAUGCACUCCAGCGCAGCCGCGCCACCACCCUGUCCGCCGUUUACCUCCAUCCUCAGCCGUGGCCUUAAAUCACCAAAUGAUUACCCACUCAAUGCCACCUGAAAAGUUACAAGUGUUCAAGUCAUUAGAGCCUUGGGUGACCCAAAGCGUUCUCCCUCUCCUCAAGCCCGUUGAAAAUUCCUGGCAGCCCAAUGAUCUCCUUCCGGACCCAUCUCAGCCGUCGGAUGAAUUCGUGGACCAAGUUCGGGCCCUGAGGAAACGGACUUGUGAACUUUCAGAGGAUUACCUUGUAGUGGUUGUGGGAGAUAUGAUAACUGAAGAAGCUUUGCCAACUUAUCAAACUUGGAUUAAUAGUCUUGAUGGGGUUCGUGAUGAUACUAUGUCCAGUUCAUCUCCUUGGGCUAUCUGGAGUAGGGGCUGGUCUGCUGAGGAAAAUAGGCACGGAGAUCUGCUACGAACAUACUUAUACCUUUCUGGUCGUGUUGACAUGAAGAUGAUCGAAAGAACUGUGCAACAUUUGAUUGGAUCCGGAGUGGAUGUAAGUACAGAGAACAACCCCUACUUAGGCUUUGUGUACACAUCAUUCCAAGAAAGAGCAACAUUCGUGUCACAUGGCAAUACUGCUCGUCUAGCCAAGGGUGCCGACCCAAUAUUAGCACGCAUAUGUGGAACAAUAGCAGCGGACGAAAAGCGACAUGAAAACGCCUACGUCAAGAUGGUUGAGAAAUUGCUGGAAUUGGACCCAAAUGACUCCAUGCUAGCCAUUGCUACUAUGAUGAAAAAGAGGAUUACGUUGCCUGCCCACCUAAUGUACGAUGGGUGUGAUCCAGAUCUAUUCGACCACUUUGCUGCUGUGGCUCAAAGGUUAGGAGUGUAUACAAGUCAUGAUUAUGCAGAUAUAUUGGAGUUUUUGAUCGAUCGAUGGGCAUUGGAAAAGCUUGAAGGAAUUAAGGAUGAGGCAAAACGUGCACAAGAUUUUGUGUGUGGAUUGCCAUCUAAGAUAAAAAGAUUGCAAGAGAGAGCCGAUGAGAGAGCAAAGAAGUUGGAGCUGCGUCAAGUGAAGUUUAGCUGGAUUUUCAACAAGGAAGUGAGUAUAUAA